GCGGGUGAGAGGUCGGAGGUGGGAGAGCGGUGCCCCCGGAACGGGAAGCGGGAGCGGAGCCGCUUCCCAUCGCCUCCCGUUGUCCCGCGGCGCGCACGAGGGGUUCCCGCGUGGGCCUGCGCUUCUCCCGCCAUGAGCCUGCCCCUCAACCCCAAGCCGUUCCUGAACGGGCUGACGGGGAAGCCGGUGAUGGUGAAGCUCAAGUGGGGGAUGGAGUACAAGGGCUACCUCGUCUCCGUGGACGGCUACAUGAACAUGCAGCUUGCAAACACAGAGGAGUACAUAGACGGUGCGUUGUCUGGACACCUGGGUGAAGUUUUGAUAAGGUGCAAUAAUGUUUUGUACAUCAGAGGUGUGGAAGAAGAGGAAGAAGAUGGAGAAAUGAGAGAAUAGGUGUUUUGUAUUUCUGGAAAUAAACUCUUUUUUUUCUUUUUUGUUUUUCAUA